CUCACCUGAUUCUGAACACAAGGUCCAAACCAAAACCAAAACCAAAGCCCAAACAGUAUCUCACUCAUAAAAUUCUCCAUGUCUCACAAUUUUUUUUGUCAAAAAUCCUCUUGUCUUGUCUUGUCGCACAGCUCAGUUGCCGGAAAACAUGUACAGAGACGUUUCAAGAUGCAACACCUAUGAUUACGGCGACUCUGUUUAUUGGGACGCUCGUUAUAUCCAAGAAGGUGGUUCCUUUGAUUGGUAUCAACGUUACUCUGAUCUUAAACCCUUUCUUCGUCAUUAUUUCCCUCUUUCUUCUACCAUUCUCAUGGUUGGCUGUGGCAAUGCUGUUAUAUCAGAGGAUAUGGUCAAAGAUGGUUAUGAGGAAAUUGUUAACAUUGAUAUUUCAUCGGUUGCCAUUGACAUGAUGAGAAGAAAAUAUGAGUACAUCCCUCAGCUAAAAUACAUAAAGAUGGAUGUAAGGGAUAUGAGCUUCUUUCCCGAUGAAUCUUUUGAUGGUGUAAUCGAUAAAGGAACUCUCGAUUCAUUAAUGUGUGGCUCGGAUGCGCCAAUUAGUGCUUCUCAGAUGCUUGCAGAAGUGUGUAGACUUCUAAAGCCGGGCGGGAUUUAUAUGAUGAUUACGUAUGGCGAUCCAACAGUAAGGAUGCCUCACCUAUGCAAACCUGUAUACAAUUGGAAAAUUACAUUGUAUAAUAUCCCAAGACCGGGAUUUAAUAAGCCAGAAUGUAGUACUUCAUCGAAGAAAUCAUUGUUGGAACCUAUUCCUCUUACUGAAACAGGUUUACUUCCAGCAGAUUGGGUUCUGGAAGAUCCAGAUUCUCACUUUAUAUAUGUUUGUAGAAAGGUAAAGGAUGCAGAUGUAUAGCGCUUAUUAUUACUCGCAUCGAAGCAUCGAGGAAUGUGGUGUUUGUUCUCCUCACAAAUGUUGUUGUGCAUGAGCUAUUUUCUCUUGUUGGUUGUUGCAUUUGCUUGCCUUAAGCCAGGAUUCUAUCAUAGCCAUUAUUUUCUCAUCAUUUAGUUGUAGAACACACUAGCAGUUUAUAUUUAUUUAUUUAUAAUUCUACA